AUGCUGUGCCCUUGGUUGGUGUUCUUGACUUUGAUAUCCUCUGUCACUGCCGUGGACACCCUCGUCAAUCUCGAUUACUCUGUGUACGACGGCCGCGCCCUAGCAAACGGCAUUACGCAAUGGCUGGGAAUGCGCUUCGCGGCUCCUCCGGUAGAGUCGCUGCGGUUUGCUGCCCCUCAAGACCCCGAGGUGACGGUUGGAGUCCAAAAUGCUACCCAGCAUGGACCUCUCUGCAUUCCUACCUCGAAGUAUCCUGUCCCGUCAGGGACAUCUGAAGACUGUCUCUUCCUCGACGUCUAUGCGCCUAGUAACGCCUCGAAUACGUCGGAUCUGCCCGUGUUUUUCUGGAUCCACGGGGGUGGCUUCAGCUCGGACUCGAACACCAAUUACAAUGGCUCCGGUCUGAUCGAAGCAGCGGACAUGAGCAUCGUGAUCGUCACAUUUAACUACAGAUUAGGCCCGUAUGGUUUCCUUGGUGGUUCACAGGUAGCGGAGGGAGCUAGCGUGAACAAUGGGAUCAAGGAUAUGCUCAAAGCCCUCGAAUGGGUUCAACAUCACAUUCGAAAGUUUGGCGGUAAUCCCAACCACGUUGUGCUAGGAGGCGACAGCGCCGGCGCCGGGGCAGUCACCCUCCUGCUGUCCGCGUACGGCGGCCGCAACGACGGACUAUUCCACGCGGCGGCGGCCGAGUCGCAGAGCUUCGCCACGAUGCUGACCGUCAACCAAAGUCAGUUUGAGUACGAUAAUCUGGUGAUCCGGACCGGCUGCGCUGGCGAGGAGGAUACGCUCGCCUGCCUGCGCGGGCUGAAUGUCUCAACACUGCAGCAACAGAACAUCAACACCGCAUUUCCCAACGCGCAGGCCGCGCCCUUGUACAUGUACGGCCCCGUAGUAGACGGUGACCUGAUCCCAGACGUGACGUACCGACUCUUCGAGCAGGGGCGGUUCGUCCAUGUACCGGUCAUCUUCGGCGACGACACCAACGAAGGCACCAUCUUUGUCCCCACCAACACCAGCAGCGUGGGACAAGCCAACACCUUCAUCCAAACCCAGUUCCCUAGCAUCACCCUCGACCAGCUCCGCCAGAUCAACGCCUGGUACCUGCAGCCGAACGAGACCGAGGCCUUCCCCGACGCAGGCAUCUACUGGCGCCCCACCAGCAACGCCUACGGCGACAUCCGCUACCUCUGCCCUGGCAUCUUCCUGUCGGCCACCUACGCCGCCGCAGGCCUCCCGAGCUGGAACUACCAUUACGCCGUCGUGGACCCGACCCAGGGCGAGGAAGGGUACGGCACCCCGCACACCGUCGAGGUCAACGCCAUCUGGGGGCCGCAGUAUGUCAGCGCCGCCCCGCCAGACUCCUACUUUACCUCCAACGCUGCUAUUGUCCCCGUCAUGCAGGGCUACUGGACUAGCUUUAUUCGUUCGUUGGAUCCAAAUCCGCUCCGUGCAGAGGGCACCCCCGAAUGGUUGGAUUGGGGGUCCCACGAUGAUGCUUACCGUCGUAUCUACUUCCAGACUAAUGCUACGGCAAUGGAGAGCGUGCCCCCAACCCAGCGGGAGAGGUGUGCCUACUUGUCGGGCAUUGGGGUGCAGUUAAGGCAGUAG